GGCCGGCAAACUACUGCAACACUAUGGAUAUUGGAGCUUGUCCCUUCAGAAAGAAACGGAGACCAUGGCGCCUGGACUUCUCAUCCUUCGCCUUGGUAACCGUGGCACUCGCUUUGUGCCAAACCACCGUGGUUCGGGCAGACCCAGUGGAUGUGUUACGGGCUCUGCAGGUUCCCUCUCUCCCUGAGGGUGUGAAGAAAGUCCCAGGCUUCUGCACAUCCCGUCGCUCCGGCAGCCCCGAUCAUGCUUACCGCAUCACCAAGAAGGCCCAGAUCUCUGCCCCCACCAAGCAGCUCUUCUCAGGUCGUUUCCCGGAGAACUUCUCCAUCAUGGCUCUGGUUAAGGCCCAGGCCGGUCUCCAGGCCUUCCUCCUGUCCAUCUACAGCGAGCAGGGCAUCCAGCAGCUGGGCAUUGAGCUGGGACGUUCACCUGUUUUCCUGUACGAGGACCAGAACGGCAAGCCAGCCCCAGAGGACUACCCACUCUUCAGAGGCGUCAAUCUGGCUGAUGGCAAGUGGCAUCGCAUCGCUAUCUCUGUUUCCAAGAAAAACGUGACACUGCUGCUGGACUGCAAGAAGAAGAUGACCCGCGCUUUGCCCCGUGGCAACAACGCGGAGGUCGACACCAACGGCAUCACAGUGUUUGGAGCUCGUCUGCUCGAUGAGGAGGUUUUCCAGGGAGACAUCCAGCAACUGCUGAUUGCCUCCAACCCUCAGGCUGCUUAUGACUUCUGUGAACACUACAGCCCUGACUGUGACUCCCCUCUGCCCAAGACCCAGGCUCAGGACCCCAACACAUACUACUUUGAUGAGGAGCAGGAUGACCAUGAAUAUCCCUAUUAUUAUGAGGAAACAACAGGCAUUCCCUCCUCCUCUGCACCCCCCUCUCCCCAACCUGGGGCCCCCAACCAACAGGAUGUAGACACUGAAUAUUCUGAGGCUGGCCACACCCCUACAGAGACUGAUUAUUACUAUGAGGAGACGGUCCCACUACCAGAGGGUGAGGUGAUUGGACAAGACGAGAACUCUUUACAGGUGGAACCAGCACUGGUGGGAGAGGAGGUAGAUGCCACCAAAGCAGGCAGCGUGGGCGAGGAGGUCUUCACUGAGGAGUAUGUGACUGGGGACGUGGGCCUCAAGGAAUACGACUAUUCCUACAGGGACUACAAUGAUCCAUUACCAGAGACUGGAGAGGUUGAUGCCAACAUGGGCCCCGCCCUGUCCGCUGUGACAGAUGAGGGAGGCGCUGCCGUUAGAGGCCAGAAAGGAGAGAAAGGAGAGCCUGCCGUCUUGGAGCCUGGUAUGCUGAUUGAAGGCCCUCCUGGACCUGAGGGACCUGCUGGUCCUACCGGACCUCCUGGCUCUUCUGGACCUCCUGGCUCUGUUGGUGACCCUGGAGAGAGGGGCCCUCCUGGUAAGCAUGGCCUGCCUGGAGCUGAUGGAGUCCCUGGACCUCCUGGAACCUCAGUCAUGCUGCCUUUCCGUUUCGGUCAGAGUGGAGGAGAUAAGGGUCCUGUCGUUUCUGCACAGGAAGCUCAGGCAGCAGCCAUUUUGUCUCAGGCCAGGAUGGCUCUGAAAGGACCUCCUGGACCAAUGGGAUUCACUGGACGCCCUGGACCCCUGGGAAGUCCAGGAAGUCCUGGUUUGAAAGGAGAAGGUGGAGACCCUGGUCCUCAGGGACCCAGGGGACCCCAGGGUUUGCUGGGACCUCCAGGCAAAGCAGGAAGAAGAGGUCGUGCUGGAGCUGAUGGUGCCAGGGGAAUGCCAGGAGAGACUGGAAUUAAGGGCGACCGUGGUUUUGAUGGUCUUCCUGGUUUGCCUGGUGACAAAGGACACAGGGGUGACACAGGAUCAAUGGGACCACCUGGACCUCAAGGAGAGGACGGAGAGCGGGGAGAUGAUGGGGAUGUUGGACCCAGGGGUCUCCCAGGUGAACCAGGACCUCGUGGUUUGCUCGGACCUAAAGGUCCUCCUGGAAUCUCUGGACCUCCUGGUGUUCGAGGAAACGAUGGACCCCAAGGUCCCAAAGGAAACUUGGGUCCCCAAGGUGAGCCAGGACCUCCAGGUCAGCAGGGAACUUCAGGAACUCAGGGAAUGCCAGGACCUCAGGGAGCCAUCGGACCUCCUGGAGAGAAAGGUCCCACUGGAAAACCAGGUCUGCCAGGAAUGCCUGGAGCUGAUGGCCCUCCUGGUCACCCAGGAAAAGAGGGGCCUACUGGCACCAAAGGAAACCACGGUCCCAAUGGUCCCCAGGGAGCUAUUGGCUAUCCUGGCCCUCGUGGCAUCAAGGGAGCUCAAGGAAUCCGUGGAUUGAAGGGCCACAAGGGAGAGAAGGGAGAAGAUGGUUUCCCAGGAAUUAAAGGAGAUUUUGGUGUCAAAGGAGAGAGGGGUGAGCUGGGAGUUCCAGGACCCAGAGGAGAGGAUGGUCCAGAGGGGCCAAAGGGUCGCAUUGGACCCCCUGGUGAGAUUGGACCUCUUGGACUGGUUGGAGAGAAGGGUAAACUUGGUGUACCUGGACUUCCUGGAUAUCCUGGAAGACAAGGACCCAAGGGAUCUCUUGGAUUCCCUGGAUUCCCUGGUUCAAACGGCGAGAAAGGAACAAGGGGCCUUACUGGCAAAGCAGGACCAAGAGGACAAAGAGGACCAACGGGCCCCAGAGGGCAGAGAGGACCGAGGGGCGCAACUGGGAAACCAGGAGCAAAGGGAACAUCUGGAAGUGAUGGCCCUCCUGGUCCUCCUGGAGAGAGGGGAUUGCCUGGACCUCAGGGAGCCAACGGUUUCCCCGGACCAAAGGGACCUCCUGGACCACCAGGAAAGGAUGGACUGCCUGGACAUCCUGGCCAGAGAGGAGAAGUUGGUUUCCAAGGAAAAAUGGGUCCACCUGGGCCUCCUGGAGUUGUUGGACCUCAGGGUCCAUCAGGAGAGACUGGUCCAAUGGGUGAGCGUGGCCAUCCCGGACCCCCAGGUCCACCUGGAGAGCAGGGACUUUCUGGUCCCUCAGGAAAGGAGGGCACCAAAGGAGACCCUGGACCCCCAGGAGGCCCCGGUAAAGACGGACCUCCAGGACUGAGAGGUUUCCCCGGAGAGAGAGGACUACCUGGAACCCCUGGCGGUGGUGGACUGAAAGGAAGUGAAGGACCUGCUGGACCUCCUGGACCUGCCGGGUCUCCUGGUGAGAGGGGAGGCGCUGGUACUGCUGGACCUGUUGGACCCCCUGGCAGACCAGGCCCUCAGGGGCCACCUGGACCUGCUGGAGAGAAGGGAGUUCCUGGUGAGAAAGGCCCUAUUGGCCCAGCAGGUCGGGAUGGAGUGCAGGGUCCAGUGGGUCUGCCUGGCCCCGCCGGACCACCUGGAGUCCCCGGAGAGGAUGGAGAUAAGGGUGAAGUUGGAGAACAUGGUCAGAAGGGUGCCAAGGGAGCAAAAGGAGAGCAUGGUCCUCCUGGUCCACCCGGCCCAAUGGGUCCCGUCGGUCAGCCGGGUCCUGCUGGUGCUGAUGGAGAGCUCGGACCGAGGGGCCAGCAGGGGCCUUUUGGAGCUAAAGGUGAUGAAGGAACUCGAGGAUUCCCAGGAGCCCCAGGACCAAUCGGGCUACAGGGCUUGCCAGGACCAUCUGGUGAGAAGGGAGAGACGGGAGAUGUUGGACCUCUGGGUCCUCCAGGCCCUCCAGGACCCCGCGGCCCUGCUGGACCCAACGGAGCUGACGGUCCUCAAGGUCCUCCUGGUGGUUUGGGUAAUCCUGGACCUAUUGGAGAGAAGGGAGAGCCCGGUGAAUCUGGACCACCUGGAAUCGUAGGAGAGCCUGGAAAGAAGGGUCCUCGUGGAGAGCGCGGAGAGAAGGGAGAGGCUGGACAACCUGGAACUGCUGGACCUGCUGGAGGACGAGGACGACCUGGAGACGACGGACCCAAAGGAAACCCUGGCCCUGUUGGUUUCCCUGGUGAUCCUGGUCCCCCUGGUGAGGUUGGACCCAGAGGUCAAGAUGGCGCCAAGGGAGAGAGAGGAGAGGACGGUGAACCAGGAGAAUCUGGCUCUCCAGGACCUCCUGGUGAGAACGGACCCCCCGGCCCCCCAGGAAAGAGAGGUCCUGCUGGAACAAGAGGACCAGAAGGACGCCAGGGAGAGAAGGGAACCAAGGGCGAUUCAGGUGCAGUUGGCCCCCCAGGAAAGACCGGCCCUGUUGGCCCCCAGGGUCCACCAGGAAAACCAGGAACAGAAGGUCUUAGAGGACUCCCAGGAUCAGUGGGUGAACAAGGAUCUCCAGGACCUGCUGGACAGAAAGGACCACCUGGACCUAUUGGACCUCCUGGUUUGCCUGGUCUCCGUGGAGACCCCGGAGCCAAGGGAGAGAAGGGACACCCAGGUCUUAUCGGACUCAUCGGACCCCCAGGAGAGCAGGGAGAGAAGGGAGACCGAGGUCUUCCUGGGCCUCAGGGAUCCUUAGGACCCAAAGGAGAGAAUGGAAUGCCUGGAGGCACCGGACCUCUCGGCCCUGCUGGUCCUCCUGGUCUGCCUGGUCCUCAAGGUAUCAAAGGAGCUAAGGGUGCUUCUGGAGGAGCUGGUCCCAAAGGAGAAAAGGGUGUACAAGGACCUCCUGGACCUCCUGGCCCACCAGGCGAGGUCAUUCAGCCUCUGCCCAUCCAGAGGAGUCCCAAGUCCAAGCGCUCAAUCGAUGCCAGCCAGCUUCUCCCCGAGUCCGACCCUGACAUGCCUGCUUCCGACGCCACUGGCACUGAGUUCCUGAUGGGCAGUGAAGGCAUGGAGGAGAUCUUUGGCUCUCUCAACUCACUUAGACAAGAGAUCGAGACCAUGCGUUUCCCUCUGGGCACCCAGGACAGCCCCGCUCGCACCUGCCAAGACCUGCACCUCAGCCAGCCAGACCUCAAGGACGGAGAGUACUGGAUCGACCCCAACCAGGGCUGCUCCAGAGACUCCUUCAAGGUCUUCUGUAAUUUCACAAAUGGAGACACGUGUCUGUACCCGAGCAAGAGCAUCAAUAUGGUGAAGAUGAGCUCCUGGGACAAAGAGACUCCAGGAUCGUGGUACAGUCAGUUUUCCACUGGUAGUAAGUUCUCCUACGUCGACUCUACCGGGGAGCCCGUUGGUGUGGUCCAGCUGGGCUUCCUGCGUCUCCUGAGCGUCCAGGCCCGCCAGAACCUCACCUACCACUGCCACCGCUCAGUGGCCUGGGCCGACCGAAGCGCCAAGAAUAACUACAACAGAGCGCUGCACCUCCAGGGUGCCAACGACGAAGAGCUGCGCUACGAGACCAACCCUUACAUCAAAGCUUUGGUCGAUGGCUGCUCUUAUCGUAAGGGCUUUGACAGGACAGUCCUGGAGAUCAACACACCUCAGGUGGAGCAUCUUCCUCUGCUGGAUAUCAAGGUGUCAGACUUUGGGGAGAGCAACCAGCAGUUUGGCUUUGAAGUGGGACCUGUCUGUUUCCAAGGCUAAAAACACACACGUACACACAUCAUGCAGAGAACAACACAUGCAAAUACUCACGCGCACACAC